CGAACCCACGUUCCGCCGUUCAUCACAAUGGCCGCUUUCGCUGCUACCACCCCCUCCCUGAAGGUCGAGUACCGCGGUUCCACCGCGGGCCUCAAGCGCGGCAAUACCGUCAAGGCCGCCGCCGUCAACACCACCACCGAGGCGAAGGCUAAGAUCAAGGUCGCGAUCAACGGUUUCGGCCGCAUCGGCCGCAACUUCCUCCGCUGCUGGCACGGGCGCAAGGACUCCCUCCUCGACGUCGUCGCCAUCAACGACUCCGGCGGCGUCAAGCAGGCGUCCCACCUCGUCAAGUACGACUCCAUCCUCGGCACGUUCCAGGCGGACGUCAAGAUCGUCGACGACACGCACAUGUCUAUCGACGGCAAGUCCAUCCAGAUCGUCUCCUCCCGCGACCCGCUCCAGCUCCCGUGGAAGGAGCUCGGCGUCCAGAUCGUCAUCGAGGGCACCGGCGUCUUCAUCGACACCCCGGGAGCGUCCAAGCACCUCACCGCGGGCGCGUCGAAGGUGAUCAUCACCGCCCCGGCGAAGGGCGACGACAUCCCGACGUACGUCAUGGGCGUCAACGCGGACGACUACAAGGACAGCGACAAGAUCAUCUCGAACGCGUCGUGCACGACGAACGGCCUCGCGCCCUUCGCCAAGGUGCUCGACGACAGCUUCGGCAUCAUCAAGGGCCUCAUGACGACGACGCACUCGUACACCGGCGACCAGCGCAUCCUCGACGCGUCCCACCGCGAUCUCCGCCGCGCGCGCGCGGCGGCGCUCAACAUCGUCCCGACGUCCACCGGCGCGGCGAAGGCUGUGGCGCUCGUGCUUCCCCAGCUCAAGGGGAAGCUCAACGGCAUCGCGCUCCGCGUGCCGACGCCGAACGUUUCCGUCGUCGACAUGGUCAUCCAGGUCGAGAAGAAGUGCACCGCGGAGGACGUGAACGCCGCGUUCCGUGAGGCUGCCGCGGGGCCGAUGAAGGGCAUCCUCCAAGUUGUCGACGAGCCGCUCGUGUCCAUCGACUUCCGCUGCACGGACGUGUCCACGUCCAUCGACUCCGCGCUCACCAUGGUCAUGGGCGAGGACCUCGUGAAGAUCGUCGCGUGGUACGACAACGAGUGGGGUUACUCCCAGCGCGUCGUCGACCUCGCGGAGCUCACCGCGUCCAAGUGGGGCUCUAAGUAAGUGGUCGGUCGCGCGACUGGAAGGACGUCGAGCACUAUCACGGGGCGCGGCGUCCGGCGGGCGUGGAGAAGAGGAAUUUCAACUCGCAGCGCUUUGGCUUGUAGAGUAAACAUUUAAUCAAAGACUCUGUGAUGAAUCAAUCAAACGAAUCUAACC